GAAGAAUCAGUGUCUGCUACUACCAGAACACCUCACUAUCAAACAUGUUCUUCUCUGUGGCGUUGAUGUGUAUGCUGGUGGCCGCGGGUGUGGCUCUUCCAGACGGCUACGAUGUGCCCACCCCCUACACCUUCAACUAUGGGGUCACCGCCGGCAACAACAACUUCGGCCGCUACGAGAGUGGUGACGGACGCAACGUCAGGGGCAAGUACUAUGUGCACCUUCCCGACGGCCGAGUACAGACAGUGGGUUACUGGGCCGACGGCAGCGGCUUCCACUCUACUGUGAACUACCAGGGCACCGCUAGUCAUCCCGGCAGUGGUUAUGGCUACCAUUAACACCAACCAUCGCCAAGCCUUGUCGUCAAGGUGACCAACGACAAAGCAACGUCUUCCAUUGUUUCACUAGGAAAACAAAUCCAAUAUGUUUCCCAUUUAUUCUUCUUGACUAUGUAUGAAAGAUGCCAGUAUACUGUACGUGCGAGUCAGUGACCAAAUGUUGAAUUAAACAUUGAGGAUCAAGUGUGGUGCCAGACAAGUUUGACCAGGUCAGACAAGCCAGUCAGCUUUAUUUCGUCAUGCUCGGCCUCACCCACACCUCCUGCACCAGGUAUUAGCUCUGUAUAUUAUGAUGCUAUUAAUAAAGUUUUAGAUCACUAUAAA